AUGGUUGAAAGCUCUACAAGAAAUAUCAAUAUUGCCCAGCCUAAAGAUCCAACACGCUUGAAAUUAAUAAUAUUAGGAGAGCCCGCAGUAGGCAAAUCAUCAAUAAUUAGAAAAUGAGUGAUGGAUACAUUUGACACAAAAUAUGAAGCUACAAUAGGAGUCGAUUUUUUUGCAAAGGACAUGAGAGGAAUAGUAAUGUGCUUGUGAGAUCUAUCAGGCCAUCCAGAGUUUUUCGAGGUUAGGAAUGAAUUUUAUAAGUUAAGUUAAGUUAAAUAAAAAGGUUAUGCAGGCCAUAAGCAGGUAAUCACUAGCCGUUACCCAUAUUUGAUCUAAAAGGCUACCCUUAUGGAUUUUCUCCAUUAGCCAUCUAUCCAAGGGAUCGACUCCCUAUAAGAAGAGCUAUUAUCUGUGAGGUGCCCCAAUAGUCUAAUGAGAAGAGACCAUGUGAUAGGCAAAACCUGUCUAGCCGAGUUUAGAGACAGGAAAACCUUCGGGGAAGAAAAAACUCCCCUUUUCGGCAAAGCUUCCCCAGCCUGAGGAUCUACUCAAAAAGUGGCACAGGCACUAUUUCAACUUCAGAAUGGUCCAUCUGAUCCAUAUGGAGAGCACCUAGAGUUCAAUUUCCGUCAAUGCUACCAUUUAAUUUCUAUGAAUAUUAUAAGGAUUGCCAUGGAAUUUUAUUAGUUUAUGACAUAACAUCAAGGAGAACUUUUGACAGCCUUGACAUGUGACUCAGAGAAGCAAAUAGGUAUGGAGCAAACAACGUUUAUCUAGCAAUUUGUGGAAAUAAAGCAGACUUGAAUAAUAAAAGAGCAAUACCUAGAAACGAAGCAGAAAGUUGGGCCGAUUCAAGAAGAUUUGACUAUUUUGAAGUUUCAGCUGCAAGUGGUCAAAAUGUUUCUGAUAUGUUUGAAUCAAUAAAAGGAAAGCUAACUCCCUCCCAAUAAUAAGCAAAUUCUUGCUUAUUCAAGGGGGUUUACUAAAAAAUUUCAAAUAGAUUAAUAGACCGAAAUUUGCUUAUUAUAGGGGAUUUUCAGAUAAAUUAUCAAAAAUGUAAUUUUGAGCAUUUCAUCCCAGUAAUAAUAAGGAAGUUUCAAUCUAUUCAUAUAUAGAAUUUACUAUUUGAAAAUUUUGUAGUAAACCCCCACGAAUAAGUAAGAAUUUGUUUAUUACUGGGGUGGAUUAAGAGCAUAA